CGGGGUUGCUGGAUCCUACUGUUGGGGGAAGGUGGGGUACACUCCAAACAAAUCACCAGUCCGUCACAGGGUCACACAAUCACAAACACACUCACGCUCAAACAUUUUACAGUCACCAAGUAACCUAUGAAACAUGGUUUUGGACUGUGGGAGGACACUGGAGUAAACCCACGCAUGGCUGAGAAGUACAUACAGACUGUAGGAAAAGUCUGCCCUUCAGUUUUAUGCCUUAGUCAUAACUACCCUUACAGGUGAAAAACGGGCAAACCUGUACAGGGCACGCAGGAGGCCCCCCUCAAAACAUCAAGACCGUUUGGAGAGCCAGUAAAGAGAGUAUAUUCCAGCAGAUUUCUUUAUUAGCAUGAUGCUAGCAACAGGUUGUACUACCAACUCUGAAACAACAUGCAGGGGUAAGUAAGGUUGAAUUAGAUGAGAUGCAGGCGUGUUCUACAGACUUUUCAUUUUUUUAACUCCCUAAAUCUUCAAAGGGCCAGUAAGUGCUGUUCAAGUCCUCCCUGCUCUUUGGCGUGACGUUGGGGCACCGGGCGACAGGAUCACUCACACGUCAUAAGUGCAGCGGGCAUUAUCCUUAUAAACACCUCACGAUACACCUACCACACACCUGACAAUGGUACAUUCCUUUUCCGGGCAUUCUAUGACCAGGACAACCCAAAAACCCUGGGUACCCGCAGGGGUCAACCCCAUGAUGAACUUCUUCAAGAUCUCCCAGGUGGCAUUCAGGCCCCUGGUAUUAAUACAUUUAUCACCUUCAAUUUGAUUGUCCCAAGGCAAGCCUUUCUUUAAAGACCAUCUUUGAUGAUUUGGACCUCCUGACAAAUUUCUGGAAUUUGUUGAUAAAUCGGUGUCCCAGCUGAGCGGCAGCUCCCCAGUGGGGAGUCUCUGGCGCUCACAGAUGUGUAAAAAAGGAUGUGUCCCUCUCCACAGCUCAGGCUGCGGUUCUGCUGAGAGUGCUGGACACUGAGCUCCAUGAAGAAUAGGUUUAAAGGGCUUGAAUGCCUUCUGCUGAGGCAGGGCCUCUGGCAGCCCCCUUUUGCAGGCCACUGCUGCAGCUAACCCUCUGGCUUUGUGUCCCCCAACAAUGAUGGCACCCGUGGCCAGGCAUGUAGGGGACAUUGUUGGCCCCAGCCAAUGGGAGGCCAACAAACAGGCAUCUAUGUGAUGUGGGGUUUCCUGUGCAUCUUUGUGCACAUGAAUGGCUGAGGUGAAUGCAUGAGAGUUUGCAUCUGCUCAGUGACGAAGAGGAGGGGGGCGUCACGCCAGGAAGGAGCCAAUCACAUACCAGGUGUUUGGAUUUAUGCCAGAGUCUUUUGGACUGUAAGACUUUAGUACGAGUGUCCGUGGCCUGUUGCUCCAAAAAUAAAAAAGCCUGCUGAGAAGAGAUGCCAUACUCACCGCCGGGCUUUUUCUGCGACCGGCUGAUCCGGGAACGGGAACGGAGGGACGGUGAAGGCUCCGUCACCAAGCCCCUCCACUUCAACGGACAGGACUUCAGCACCUUGCGGCAGGAGUGCCUGCAGAGGAAGGGCCUGUUCGAGGACGACUCCUUCCCUGCCACCGUCGAGUCUCUGGGCUUCAAGGAGCUUGGCCACAAGUCCAACAAGGUCAAGAACAUCGUCUGGAAGAGGCCCAAGGAAAUCUGUGACAACCCCCAGUUCAUAGUUGGGGGGGCCAGCCGGACUGACAUCUGCCAGGGAGAUCUGGGUGACUGCUGGCUGUUGGCCGCCAUCGCUUGCCUCACGCUGAACGAGAAGCUGCUUUUCCGAGUGGUUCCUCAGGAGCAGAGCUUUUCCGAGAGCUACGCCGGCAUCUUCCACUUCCAGUUCUGGAGGUAUGGCGACUGGGUGGACGUCGUCGUUGACGACCGCAUCCCAACCUUAAACAACCAGCUGGUUUUCACCAAGUCAGCGGAGAGAAAUGAAUUCUGGAGUGCCCUGCUGGAGAAGGCCUAUGCCAAGCUUCACGGCUCCUAUGAGGCCCUGAAGGGGGGAAACACCACAGAGGCCAUGGAGGAUUUCACCGGGGGGGUCACUGAGUUUUAUGAGAUGAAGGAAGCUCCCAAAGAGCUAUACAAGACCAUGAAGAAAGCUCUGGAGAGAGGCUCCCUGAUGGGGUGCUCCAUCGAUUCUCUGGUUCCUGCUCGCUUUGAGACGCGCACGACGACGGGGCUGGUGAAGGGACACGCCUACUCUGUGACGGCUGUGGAUGAGUGUCGGCCAUCACAGCAAAAGGAGUCCAAGGUUCGCCUGGUGCGCCUCAGGAACCCGUGGGGUCAGGUGGAGUGGAACGGUCCCUGGAGUGACAACUCCAAGGAGUGGGCCACGCUCUCUAAGGCAGAGAAGGAGAAACUGCAGCACCAGAGCGCAGAGGACGGGGAGUUCUGGAUGUCCUUUGAGGACUUCAAGAAGAACUACACCAAGAUUGAGAUCUGUAACCUGACUCCAGACACGCUGGAGGACGAUAAGAUCCAUAAGUGGACCGUUUCUGUGAACGAGGGCCGCUGGUUGCGGGGCUGCUCCGCCGGUGGCUGCAGGAACUACCCAGACACUUUCUGGACCAACCCUCAGUACCGCCUGCGCCUGCUGGAGGAGGACGACGACCCGGAUGACAACGAGGUGGCCUGCACCUUCGUGGUCUCACUGAUGCAGAAGAACAGACGGAGGGAGCGCAAGAUGGGAGCCAACCUCUUCACCAUUGGGUUCUCCAUUUAUGAGGUCCCCAAAGAGAUGCAUGGGAACAAGCAACACUUGCAGAAGGACUUCUUCCUCCUCAACUCCUCCAAGGCACGCUCCAAAUCCUACAUCAACCUCCGGGAGGUGACGCAGCGCUUCCGGCUGAGCCCUGGCGAGUACGUCAUCGUCCCCUCCACCUAUGAGCCGCACCAGGAGGGGGAGUUCAUCCUGCGCGUCUUCUCUGAGAAGAGGAACACCUCAGAGGAAAUAGAGAACAGGAUCGAAGCCGACCAUCCAGUGCCAGCACCGGCCUCAGUGGGGGAGGAGAGCGAGGAGGACCACCAUUUCCGGACGAUUUUUCAGGAAAUAGCUGGUGAGGACAUGGAGAUCACAGCCAACAAACUGAAAAACGUUCUGAACAGAGUGAUCACUGAGCGUAAGGACCUGAACACGGUGGGCUUCAGCCUGGAGAGCUGCAGGAGCAUGAUUGCUCUGAUGGACGUAUCCUUUAUGGACGGGACGGGCCGACUCAACCUGCAGGAGUUCAGACAUCUGUGGAAUAAGAUCAAGCAGUGGGAGGGAAUCUUCAAACAUUAUAACGCCGACCAGUCCGGCAUCAUCAACAGCUAUGAGAUGAGGAACGCUGUGAAUGAUGCAGGCUUUCGCCUCAACAACCAGCUGUACCACAUCAUCACGCUGCGCUACGCCAACGAGAACAUGAACAUCGACUUCGACAGCUUCAUCAGCUGCCUGGUUCGCCUGGAGGCCAUGUUCCGAGCAUUCCAAGCCUUUGAUCAGGAUGGAGAUGGAACCAUCAGACUCAGCGUGCUGGAGUGGCUCCAGCUGACCAUGUACGCCUAGAGGGGGUGUCUUCUCGCAGAGCUCCACAGCAGGACCAGACCUACCAGCCUUUACCUCAGCGUCCCCCCCCCAGCAGCGGUGCUCCCUGCACGUUCUCCAUUUUCAUAUCUCCAUUCUCUGUUGGCGCCGGUCUCUUUUGAAUAAAACAAUCAUCCUGGGCUUUUCUCCCUCAGCGGAUGAACUCAGGCUUCCUCUGUGUGCCCGAAACGGGAAACUUUAGAAACCACCCGUCUGCCGGUUGAAGGCUCCCAUCAGGGCGGGGCCUCUGCCAGAAUCCUGGAUGGAUUCUAUUCAUUCUAAUAAAUAUAGAUUUUUCUGUUUUCAACCUAAAACUAGUUCUGUUUACGUAAAGAAAAGGUUUUCCCAAAAGGAAACGGAACAGAGGUUGAAUUUUUAAUCCAGAAUUUGUUCAUACAGCUGUUUUUUUUUAUCUCUCUCAAAGACACAGUUGUAAAGGAAAAUUGAUUUAUGGAUUAAAUUAACCUUUGUGCUAUCCUAGGCACUUUAACGUUGGGAGUUGGGUCAUCUAGACCCACUAGACCAGAGGUGGGCACUGAGGGCCGCAUUCCUGCAUGUUUUCCAGCAUACCCUGCUCUGGCAUGUUCUAAUUGGAUGGACACACCUGAACCAGGUAAUCAGCCAUGAGUAGGGCAAGACUAUCUGGAAAUCAUGCAGACACACCGGCCCUCGAGGCCUGGAAUUGCCCACCCCUGCACUAGACAGUGCUCUGAACCUUUUUUCUUCAAUGAUUUGUGAUCUUCACUGGUGUCCAUGGAUUACAUGAAAUCUUUCCACCUUUAUCCACCUUUGUCAUGGUAGGGAGAACACAUCCAUAUAAGGGGUGGGGUCAUUUGGACCCCAUAGGAUAGCACAAGAGUUAAUUGGUAUUGUAGACAUAGACUGAUUGAAAUUUUGGAUUUUCAGACCCAUCCCAGAUUUAACGGGAGUGGCAGGCCGGUGGUUUUCCUCUGAAGGCUGUGGUCACAUGACUCUGUGCAUUUAACCCAAUAAAUACAUGUGAAGUUGUC